AAAUAUAGUUUCUACAUGUAUAUAUAUUACACGUAUUAUGGUGUAGUUAUACAAUUGUUGACAUUAUGUUAAAGUCGGUAUGGGUAAUUUGUUUAUUUCUUUUGACAUGUUGUUUUAUAAACGUAAUUGCAUCGAUAGGAGACGAAGCACCAUUUUACAAUCAGUGUCUUAUGAAAUAUCGUAAUAGUCAUUGUAAAAAUAAUGUAACUUUUAAUAAUCCACCAGCCCUAUCUCUUUCAUUAUUAUCGUGGUCUUGUAUUGAAGAUUGUAAAUACAUGUGUAUGUGGCGUACAGUUGACUACUUUGUAAGUCAUGGUUUAAGGGUUCCACAAUUUAAUGGAAAAUGGCCAUUUAUACGAAUUUUUGGAUGCCAAGAACCAGCUUCUGUUUUGUUUUCGAUAUUGAAUUUUUACGCGCAUUGGGUAUCGUAUUGGAAAUUUAAAAAGAAAGUUAAUUCCAAAUAUCCGAUGUUUUAUGUUUGGACUUAUUUUAGUCUUAUUUGUUUUAACGGAUGGUUUUGGUCUACGAUAUUCCAUGCUCGUGAUACAGAUUUUACAGAAGUAAUGGAUUAUUCAUCUGCAUUUGCUAUCGUAUUAACAUUAUUAUAUUGUAUGUUAUUAAGAAUAACGUAUAAACAUACUAAAACUUUUAUUAUACUUACUUGUUGUUAUAUCAGUAUUUUGUAUACACAUUUAACACAUUUGUGGUCCGGAGCAAUUAAUUAUGGAUACAACAUGAAAUUCAAUGUAGUAAUUGGUUUCUUAACUUUUGUGAUAACAAUGUCAUGGUGGUACAAUGUUAGACGUGAAUUAUCUCAUGCUUAUCUCAUCGGUUGGUUCAAUAUUUUAGCAGUUCUUUUUACUCUGUUAGAAGUGUUAGAUUUUUCACCAAUAUUUUGGAUUUUCGACGCUCAUUCCUUAUGGCAUGCAUCUACAGCACCGCUCACUAUUCUGAUAUACAGGUUUAUAACUUUAGAUUGUUUGUAUUUAAAGACGUUUUACAACAAAACAAUAUUGAAUAUGCAUCAUAUUAAUUGAUUUAAAGUUUAUUGAAUUAUCAAAUUUUGUUUUUUUCUCUUUUUUUUUUUGUUUGUUUAUGAAGUAAAAUCAAUUUUUAUGAAACGGUAACGUUUUAUUACAUAAAUUGUUACAUUUCCUAUAAAGUUUAUUACGAAAUAUCAGGAAUAGUAUUUUUUUAUCGUUAAAGAUUCGUUUUUUUAUUAGUAAGCAAAUACAAGAAUUAGUAUUUGUUUAUAAGCAGUUUUAUAUUAGAUUUUUACAUGGCAAUUAUAUUAGAUUUUUACAUGGCAGUUUUAACUUAUAGAAGCAAUACUUCCGAGGAGUCUUCACGCAUUCAUAAUGACCUUUUACAAUUUAUUUUACAUUAAUGUAUUAUACAAUCCAGUGAUGCUUUCACCACGUCAUUACUUUCUUUUCUAGUUUUACUUUCAUUAUUAUUGUGAAAUAUCUAAGUCAUUUGAGGAAUGUGUUAAAACAUAUGUAUUACAUAUGUAACUUAUAUUUAUAAUUAUUUUUUUUAACAAAAUGAUCAUUAAGAAAUAUUGAUAAAAUAUAUAUUAAGUCGUCUCUAAAGUUUUCUUUUUUUUUUCUCCGUAAUUUUAUGUGCACAAUAUUUAUUAUUUCAUAUUAUUUUACUGAGUAAUAUACAAUAUAGAGAAUAAAUUAAUAGAGCAGAAUAGAUCGUAUAUUAUUCAGUAAAUUAAUAUAAAAAUAAAAAAAAUAUAUAUUGUGCGUAUAUAACUUAUUAUAAAAAAAAAAAAAGCAAGAAACUUUCAGAACGACACUUAAUACAUAUAAAAUUAAUUUUGUUUUAUUCAAGUGCCAUUAAUUUUAUAAUAUAAGUAUGAAUAUAUACUUAAUUCGUAAAUGUUAAUGAUACGUGCGAGCAUUCACUGUAUUUUGACAAGUUUGAAAAUAAUUAUCAAUAUUAUACAAAUUUUUCAAUUCUCGUUUUAUGAAUUUAUUAAUUAGAUAAAGAGAUAUAUAUUUACUUACAGCCUGUUGCCCUAAUAAAUAGAGAUUGGGUUAUGUAUAAUAUAUUAUUAUAUGAUAUAACGUAAUAUAAACAUAAGCUUAUUUUAGCUGUUUAUGCUACGAAUGAAAUUAAAUGUUUAGAAUUAAAAACAAAUUGUGAUAGUCUGGAAUCUUUACCAUAUUUUUAAAAUGUUCAUACUUCUUAUUUGUUUACAUUUGUUAUGAGAAAUAAGAAAUACAAAAAGUCUAUUGUAAUGUUCAAAUAGAGAAUUAUUAAUUGUUCAUAUAUUAGAGAGAGAGAUUAUCAAAAAUUAUAAUACAUGAUUCAAGUACUUCUAUACAUCGCUUUAAUACGUUUUGUAAGAAAAAUAUCUACCAUGCAAGCAUGGCGAGCUUUUAUGUAUAUACAAAAGCUAUUGGGAAAUUCACGUACGCCGUACGGAUAUUAUCAAAAAAUGUUUCUUAUUAUUAAAGAAAGUAAUAGGAAAAUUGAUAGUGAUGAUUGAUGUCAUUGUGGAAUUACUGAGCAAAAAAAGAAGUGAAUAAUGAUACGGAAAGUACAUACAGUAAAGUGAUUUUUGUAACUAAUAAUAAGACUGAGGAAAGUACGCAUACACUUUUGCAAAUAAUAGAAAAAUUAUAUAAAUCUUUCUAAAGUAUUGUAUGAAAGCAUAUAGAAAAUAAAAGUAAUUUUAAUGAAGGAGAAAUAAAAACCGAAAUCUUGUUAUCAUUGUGGAAUGUGUAGUACAAGUACAGAUUUUCCAUGAAUCUAGUCAUACGUAAAGUAUCUUGUUGAAGGAAUCAAUGAGAAAAUCAAAAAACACGAGAGGAACUUUGAAACACUAAACUACCAAAAAAUCUUUUAAGUUGAAAAUGUAUUAAUUAACAAGAGAACAUGUUUAUGAAGAAAAAGUAUUUGUCAUUAUUACCGAUGGAAAACAACAAUAACAUCUACAGUUUUGAUCGAAGAAUUAGUAUGUUUUAAAUAAAAAUCAUCACUUUUUUGAUUAUCAAAGGGAAACUUAGAAUAUGGAAAUUUUGUACGUAGUAACUCUAUAAAUAAAAUGAUUGGCUGCUACAAGUGUGAAAUCAAUUUAUAAGGAAACAAAUCUCUUUUUGUAACGAAGAAUAUUAAAAUAAUCAACCACGUUAUUUUGCAGUUUUAAACUUUUUGAAAAAGAAAGAAAAAUCCUACUUGCAUACAUAAUAAAUAAUAUAAAGACACAACCAAUGACGAUGAUAAACAACCAAAUGAUGAACAACUCUGACAUUAAGCAUUGUAUAUUAGUAUGUGAAUUUCUAGAAAAAUGUGAUCUCUGGGUCUAGUCAGGCUCAAUAUUAUUCCAUAUGUUAAAGUAAAAAAAUUACUUUAUACCUAAACAUAUAAAAAUGUAUCAUUUCUUCGUGUGUUAAAAUAUCUGUAUGCUGUAUAAUACCAAUAGGAAUUCAUAAUGCGAGAAAUAAAAAAAAAGAAACCAUUGAGAACAUUUAAAAGCA